CCGGUAGAGGGCAGCAUGGUUCCGAAAGCGACACGUUGGCUACCACCAGUGAGAAAGCGGCGCGUGAAGGAUGUCUGCCAUGUUUGAUGGGAAUACCUUGUCAGCGAUGCAGACUUCUCAGUGCCACUCUCAGAAUAACUACAGUCCCCAGGAACUUGCAUUGGAAAUUAAGGCAUUCAUCAGUGGUGUUGACCAGACUCAAGGGCGAAAACUCAGUGUUCGUGAUCAUGCGCGCUGUGCUGUGCGUCUCCUCCGCACUGUACCAGCUUGCCGAGGAGCAGUCCUGGAGCACCUGCGUGGUGUUUAUGAUGAAUAUGUGGCAUCUUUUUUUCAAGACCUGGAGGCUGAGAGUGACAAUGGCACUAAUAGUGCAACUACAGGAACCAACACUAGCAUGUCCAACCUGGAGGAUGUGGUUAAAGAGAUUCAUGCAGUCUUGCUGGAGUUUAUCCAGCUGAACCCGAAAGCCUGGGCUCCACUGGUGUCUUCUUGGGCAGUGGAUUUGCUUGGCCAGCUCAGCAGCAAGCAUGCCGGGAGAAGAGCAGCUCCUCAUUCAUCUAGUCUGAAUGAACUUCUGCAGCUGUGGAUGUCGUGUGGAGCCACUCGCUCCCUCAUGGAUUGUUACUCCCAGUGUCUGGCAGCAAUGUUGGCCUGGUGUCCUGAUGCCUGCGUGGAUGCUUUAUUGGACACAUCUGUACAGCACUCUCCUCAUUUUGACUGGGUGGUUGCUCACAUUGGCUCUGCUUUCCCUGGCACCAUCAUCAGCAGGGUGCUUGCCUGUGGACUCAAGGACUUUUAUGCACAUGGAUACACUUCAGGUGAGAAGUCCAGCCAGAUGCAAGUAAUGGACAAAAGCAGCAGGGUGCCAAAAAUAGGCUCUGUGGUUGGCAUCCUUGGGCAUUUAACUUCCAGGCAUUCUGACAGCAUUAAGAGAGAGCUCCUUAGGAUGUUCCAAGAUAGCUUGACCCCCUCACCACAAAAUGCACCUCCAUCAUCAGGGGCUGCAUGGUGGGAGAGCUCACCUCAUCUCCGCAGGGCCACGGUGCCUUUCCUGCUUCAGCUAGCUGCUCUCUCACCAGCUCUACUUGGUGCUGUGUCAGUUGAACUGGUGGAGUUCCUUCGUCCACCUGUGCUACUUCAGCUGCAUGCUCAGUUCCAGGGCUUGCCCAGAGAAGAGUUAGAGAAUAUGUUGGGCUUAGCAGUGCACCUGAUCAGUCAGAGCCCUGCAGGUGGGCCGCGAGUCCUGCGCUUUCUUGCAGACACCGCCACACCAGCCUCUGUUAUUAUUUCAGGACCCACACCCUCACCUCAUGAAGGUGUACGUGAAGCUUGUGACCGUCUACUUCAGAUGCUCCUUCUGCAUCUCCACAAACUUGUAUACAACAGACCUGAUGGUGAAGAGCCAUAUCCACACUCAACCUCUACCUGUGCAGUGCCACGUGUGAUCCCAUUUCUUGAGGAACUACAGGCCCAUGUUGGUGAACUCUGCGCUGAGACGCUCAGACUUGAAAGAAAAAGGCAUCUCUGGCUGCAUCAAUUGCUGUGUCUGCUGUCUGUUUAUGGUGGUCCUAGCGUCGCUACUGAAGCAUUGUGCCAGCUACUCACGCAAGCCAGGAACCCUGAGGAGCUGGCAUUAGCUUCACAGCUCCACUGUCCUCUUUCCUCCUCUAUCCCAGGACUGCUCCCAGCAGCUGUGGCACGUUGCGUUGCUCAGAUCCACACCCAAAACUUGAACAGUAGAGAGUUAGCACAGCUCUUGAACAACCUGGCUACAGCAGUACAGAGCCAGGAAGAAGACUGCAAAACAGGCAGUGCUGCAUCUGGAAGUUCAAUACACUCAUCAAUGGCAGCUCAGGUUGGAACUGCUGUUUCCAGCCAUCUCCAUGAUUUUUGUCCCCUCCUCCUUCAUGGUGACACCAUGGUAUCUAGAGCAGCUGCUCGCCUUCUGUCCUGCAGCCAGCUACCCAAAGCUUGCACACCAGCACAAUUGCUACUUAUAUCACGUGCGGCAGUGGCACACUUCUUUAUAGCUCUGCGACAAAGAGGAGAGGGACUGAAGGUUGGAGGUCAAGGUGGUGGAGAGGUAGUUGGUUAUUCUAUGCGCUUGCUCUCACACUUAGCAGGAUACUCUUCCCUGACACUCAAAAUUGUUCUGCAGCAGCUUGUGGAAGGAGCAUUACAUAAAGGCAACCAAGAUCUGUUUGGAGGCCAGAAGGAAACUGCAGGUGAGGAUGGUACUCUCGCCACCUUUCAAGUUCCAGACUUGGGUGCUUCGCUGUUGGACAUCAACUCUAAAUUUGGCACUACUGUCAACUUUUCUGGUAGCGUGUGGUCUGUGUUCCAUGCUGGUGUGAUUGGAAAGGGUCUGAAACCUCCUCACAUUCCUCUGCAUUCAGACCCUGAUAAGGUUAACCAGAACAUGCAGACUUUGCUUGCUGUCACAGUGCAAUGCUGCAGCUCUGGUGGUGGAGGAAGCAACAGUAAUGGUUCAUGCCCUGGAAAUACCCGCUUCCAACCAAGUGGUGAAUCAGUUUUGGAUGAGCCCUCUCCGAUCAAUGCAGAAGCUGCCAAGGUUAUUGCAGUAACUCUGGUGGAGAAUGUUUGCCCAGAUGUAGCAAAUGGAGAAUUGUCCUGGCCACCGGAGGAACAUGCCAAGACUACUGUUGAACGAGACAUUCACAUCCGCAGAUGUUUUGAAGCCAAUCCUGUCUUGUUCCACCUUCUUCGAGUGGUGGCAGCGGGACGUCCAGCUCUUUGCUAUUGCUCUGCUGUUUUGAGAGGACUACUGGCCACACUACUGGCCCACUGGGAGGCUUCAAGGGAGCCUUCAGUGACAGAUUCCCCCUGGCAUCUCCAAGCAUCUUGCCUGCUAGUGUCCUGUAUGGGAGAAGGUCAGCUUUUGCCACCAGUGCUAAGUAACAUCCAUGAAGUCUUUCCUCAUCUAUCCCCAUUUGAGGUUAGACUUUUGCUGCUGGGUGUGUGGGAGUACAUGCGUGGGAACAGCCCUAUGCCACAGAAAUUUACUUUUAUUGCUGAGAAAGGAAUGUUUGUUAGAGAUUUCUCUCGGGACGGAGAUGUGGCACGUUACAUUGCACCAAUCCACAGUGUACUUCAUAAGAACAUUGACCGACUCGGACACUUGUGUUGGAGGUUUCAGAUAUAGCAAACCUGUUUUUUUUUUUUUAUGCGCUAAUGUUCCUGAGCACUGGGUUUAUAUUUGUUAUAACAAUUUCCUUGUAGUAUUAACCAGUGUUUAACCCUGAAUUCCUAAGUCCCUGUGUUUUUAAAGUUUAUAGUCAACAGCAAACUAAGUGGAAUUUUCAAUUGAUUAUGAUUGGUGGAUUUUUAUUAUAUUCUUUUUUUUUCCAAAUAAAAAAUUGUGAGUUAACUGAAAUGGGAGCAGAAAUGCAUAACACAUUAUUAAUAAUUAAAAAAAUGGACCAUUGAAAGUAUAACAGUCUUUUUAUAUCCUGUGGUUAUAUAUAUUUUUUGUUGUAGUAAUAAUUUUUUCUUGUUUUGUUUUUUACAUUAGUCAUUGUUUAUAUGGCUUUGGUAGUAAUAGUUUAAGGUUACAGCUCCUGUUUGGAAACUAAAUAAUAUGUAUAUAACAUUUGUAAGAGUUUGCUUUUGGAAUCUUGUUCUUUUCAACAUUCCCUGUUCUUUGAGAGGGAAAAUAAAAAGGUUUUUUUUUUUUUAAA